ACAAGUGUCAUGCAAAUCCUAAUGUAAAACAGAUGAUAAUUGAUUAUAAUAAAUAAGUUGUACCCAGCGAUCGGUACUUACUUCGGAUUAAUUGUAAUCACUCCGAAUCUAGUAAGGGAAUAUGAUGCAGAAAUUAGUAGUGUGGUCUUACUUUCUAAUAGCAGGAAUCGUGGCCAGCUUUGGCCCCAUUGGAUUAUUUCGUGAGGAUGAUGCAUUUCCGAGAUAUAUGAAUACGAGUGUAGACCCCUGUGAUGACUUUUACGAAUACACUUGCGGAAAUUUCAAAAACGUCCAUCCUUUAAAUAAGGGGGAGAUGAAUGUGGACCAUUUUACCCUUCUAGAAAGCAAGAUAACAGAAAUUGCUAACCUGAUAUUAUCAUCACAAAUCAUACCAGAAGACCCUCAAGCCCUCAGAAAGGCGAAGUCAGCAUACCACGCAUGCGUGGACUCAAAUUUUCUUAAUGAGCGCAAGCAUCCAGAGCUGGCCAUAGUUGAAGAAGAGGGAGGUUUCCCAAUGGUACAGACAGACAGUGCUAGGGAUGAAGUAAAUUUCGGUUGGGACGAUAUAGGCAGAUUUGUUGGCACAUAUGGGGUGCAAAUGAUAUUUGAAGUUAAGGCUUAUGCUAGUGCUGAUGAUCCGACAAAAAAUGUUAUAAUGUUUCAAACGGAUUCAAUGGAAAACCCUGCCCUCUUCAGGCCACACUUUGAACUGAAUCAUGAGCAGAUCAUCGAAAAAAGCUUCAUGGAAAUGAGUGGAGCAGGUACUUACCGAAGAGCCCGAUCUGUGGCACCUUUUGACGUAUAUUUAACUCAACUGGCACAUAAAAUGAGAACUGCGACUAGAAGCUUGGUUAGCGAUGAGGUCAUAGAGAGCAACAUCCAAAAGAUGGCUAAUUUUAUGAGGGGUGUAUAUGCUGGAGGGUAUCCAAGUGAAAAUGAAAAUAUUAUUCCCCUAAAGAACAGCUCAACAGUUACUUUGAAGGAUCUCAAUGAGUGGACUGCCCAAAACUUUGGGCAGCAGGUGAAGAUAGACUGGGUACAAUACGUGGAAAGUAUUUUCAAAUUUACUGGUCUCACUAUGACUGAAGAUACCGAGGUUAUGCGGUUCAUUGGCUUAGAUACCAUGCUGUACAGAAUUCUAAAUUUGGUGAGACUGACUCACCCAAGUGUGGUUAAAGACUUUGCCAUGACGAGGGCUCUGUUAUACAUGGCACCAGAUGGAGAUCAAGAAUCAAGGCAGGCUUUGGAGGAAUACUAUACCAAGAUUAACGUCACGAACAUUCCUAGGGAGAAGUAUUGUACAAGAAAAAUCAUAGAUUCAGUUGGAACAGCUGGACUUAGUUUUGCAGUCGCAUAUGAAUAUCAACUGAGACAUUUUAAUGUGAACUCUUUGACAAAGGAUCGACGUCUCACUUCGAAACCAGGCAGUGCAAAGCGCAAUAUAUUUCCAGAAUCGACCAUCUCAUACCUUGGAUAGAGGAUAUUUUGCUAAGCCUAGACCAUGCUGAUAAGUUGCCAAAAAGCACGAAACAGCUGUCCAUGGUUCGCUGUAGCCAGCGAUUAAAACAUCAAAAGAUGAACUCAUCGCAUGUUUUCAGGCCCUUGAGAUGAUAAGAGAUCUACAAAGCUCUUUUGAACAAACCCUGAAAGAAUCAUCAUGGAUGGACGAUAAAUCUAAGGAAUUGGCGCUGAAAAAGCUGAGAAACGUCCUCACAAUAAUGGCAUAUCCCAAGGUGGCUGAGAAGCAAAGCAAGCUGAAUAAAUUUUAUCAAAACUUGAGAAUUUGUAAAUGGGACAAUUUUGGGAACAUGAAACGCAUCCGCGCAUUCAAACUAGCGUAUCUGUUAUCUCAAAUGGAGAAGAGAGAUAGGGCAUUCUGGGACAAAUCUCCAUUUGAAGUGAAUGCUUAUUACAACAGAGCUAAUAACAGAAUCAUUUUUCCUGUUGGAAUUCUCAAUCCAAUAUUCUUUGGGACAAGUAGUAGUAUUUUGGAUUAUGCCCGUAUAGGCAGCAUAAUAGGCCAUGAGAUCACUCACGGAUUUGACAUGCAGGGGGCUUAUUAUGAUCCCGAUGGCAGCAUGGAACCUUGGUGGACCCCAGAAACUAGACUUGCUUUUUAUAACAAAUCAAGAUGUUUCGUAGAACAGUAUAGCAAAUACUAUGUGCCGCAGACAGAUUCUUAUAUAAAUGCGACAAUUACCUUGAAUGAGAACAUAGCAGACAAUGGUGGCGUUAGAGGUUCAUACAGAGCGAUGAAGAAGUUACUAGAACGAGGAGGAGUUCAUGUAUCACAUAACUUUACGUCUGAUCAGCUUUUCUUCAUAGGAUUUGGUUCGAUGUGGUGCAACAACCCUUCAAGCGAGUAUCUGAACAAAAUGAAGAGUAACGAACACUCUACCUCAAAAUGGAGAGUAAAUGGAGUCGUUUCGAACGUGCCGGAGUUUGCAGAGGCAUUUCAGUGUCCAGCUGGUACCAAUAUGAAUCCAACGAAGAAAUGCAGGUUAUGGUGAUUCCGUCUUUUUUGUAUGUGUCUCAACAUUAAAGUAGUAUGAGCUGUGAUGUAAUUUAUUGAUACCGUUCAAAUAAAGACCAUUAACUUAUUGACCUGGAAAA